ACUAUAUUUAAAAAAAAAUAAUCAAAAUGUAAAAUGCGAAAGAAAGACUUCGAGACAUUAAUUUAUAAAUGCCUUCAUAAUAAAAUUCUUAAAUAGAUCCACAAAGGCUUCUUUAAAAAUAUCGUUCAACUUCUAAUAUAAACUAAUCAGAAUUAACUAAUUUAUUUUUCGGUCGUAACAACCAUAUCCGUUUAUAAAUAUUCGACCAAAUAAAAAAAAACCCUCAUAUAUUUAAGCACCCUCACUUAGAAGAAUAUUCCCGUGAAGAAUAUCGUUACUAAUCAUUUUUAUAUUUAAAGACCUUAAACAAAAUCCGAGCUGUAAACUUUGAAUAAUACAUAAAAGACCCAAACGUUACUACAUUAAUGGGAAUAGCUGUAUAUGCUUGGAACCCUUCCCACUGUAUAAAACACGGCGUUCAUUUUUACUUAUACACUAAAACAAUAAUGAACAUAGGUACCGAAAAACAUUAAAAACUAAUUCCCAGACUAAUCACUUUAGAAGAUAUAGGAUGCUUUGGUCUUACUGAGCUAGGCCAUGGUUCCAAUGUUCGCUCCAUAUUAACCACAGCUACAUAUGAUAAUUCCACUAACGAAUUUAUUAUAAACACUCCCAAUGAUUUAGCCUUAAAAUGGUGGAUUGGAGCAGCUGCUUAAAUCGCUAAUACUUCCGCUAUAUGGGCCUAAUUAAUAGUAAACGGAUAAAAUUAUGGAGUCCACGCCUUUAUAGUGCCCAUUAGAAACUUAGUAAAAAAAAAAAACCAAUAUAUAAUGAAAAUAAAAUAAAAUAGGAAGACCAUAUGCCAUGUCCAGGCGUUAUAAUAGGAGAUUGUGGCUCCAAAUCAGGUCUAGAAGGUAUAGAUAAUGGUUUUUUAUAAUUUAAAAAUGUAAAAAUACCUUAUGAUAAUCUAUUAGAUAGAUUUUCUUAAAUAGAAAACGGAGAAUUUAAAACCGAAAUUAAAAAUCCCGAUAAAAGGUUCGGCUUAUAAUUAGGCUCUUUAUCUGGUGGACGUGUAAUAAUAUCUUUAUAAGCGUGUGUAAAUGCUAUUUCUGCAUUAACAAUAGGAAUAAGAUAUGCCUGUAUUCGUUAAUAAUUUGGACUUCCUGGCAAACCGGAAUACCCUAUAAUCGAAUAUCCAUUAGUCUAAUAUAGAUUAUUGACCAGUUUAGCUAAAGUAAUAGUAAUGUAGGUAGCUUCUUUAAGUUUAAAUAUGUUAUGGGAUGAUAACUAAUUACAUUUAUUAGAUAAAAAAAAAAAUAAUUUAAUAGAAGAGUUACAUGCUAAAAGUAGUGUAGUGAAAGCAUAAGCUAGUUGGAUGGCAGCAGAAAUUAUUUAAAACUGUCGAGAAAUUCUAGGUGGACAUGGAUAUUCUUCACUAAAUAGGCUUUCAUAACUUUAUAGAGAUAAUGAUAUUAAUACCACUUGGGAAGGUGAUAAUACUGUUCUUUUGUAAUAAACAGCUAAAUUUUUAUUAGAUAUAGUAAGAUAAAUAUUAAAAGGAUAAGAAAUAUUACAUAAAACAGCUUAAUUUAUUACUUUACAACCAGUAGAUGAAUAAAAAUGGUCAGCAAAUGAUGUUUCUAAAUUUAAACAAAAGAAUAUCAUAAUCGAAGCUUUAGAAUGGCGUGUUAAUUUAUUAUUAUAAAGAUCCGGUUUAAAAUUAUAAGAAAAUUUAUAAAAUUAAAAUACAUUUGAUGCUUGGAAUGAUACAUAAGUAUUUUACCUUAAUAAUGUAUCGUUAGCAUUCGGUGAUCUGUAUUAAGCCUAAGAAUUUAUUGAAGGAAUUAACAAAAUCAAAGAUUAGAAUACUAUUUAAGUUCUUGAUUUAGUUUUUGAACUUUGGGCACUUGAUAUUAUUUAAAAAGACUAAGGAACAUUUAGAGAAAAUAAUUUUAUUAAUAUAGAAUAGACAGGAUAAAUAAAAUAAAGAAUAAUUGAAUUAUUAAAAUUAAUUAAACCUGAAGCUGUUGGUUUAAUAGAUGUCUUAGCACCACCUGAUCAUAUUUUAGGUAGUCCUUUUGGAGCUUAUGAUGGAGAUAUAUAUAAUAAAUAUUUAGGACAUAUAAAAGGUAAUAAGAAUACUUUCUAAAGAGUUAAUUGGUGGAAAGAAAUUCAUGAUUAAGAAUGA